AUGGCAGAAGAACAAUUAAGAUUCCAGAAAGAUAAGAGCAUGCCACAUGCCAUUAGCAACCUAAUAGACGAUACAGAAGAUGCAUUAAGACAUCCCCAAGGAAAAUUCCAUGCAGUCUUUAUAGAUUAUACCAAGUCCUUCGAUAAACUAAACAGGCGAACACUAAUUUCAAAACUAGAAUCAAUAACAGGGAAGGAUAAACUUAUAACAUUGAUCCAUAACAGGCUGAUGGCCAAAUUCAUUCAGGUCAUAGACGAUGUAAGCACGCCGAUAAUAAUACCACAAGCGAACUGCAUAUUGCAGGGUCACCCAUUAAUGCCGUUACUUUUCAUUGUGGCCUCAUACGAUGUUUCACAGGUGAUAAGAAAUUGA